CCCCAUCCACUCGCUGCACCCCGGAACCGCCGCUCAUUCAACGCACAAUGGCGUCGCCGCCUCCAGUCGAGGACCAGGCGCGUCUGCUCGAGGAUGCCCUGGCCGUCGUGCGCCAGCAGACGAUGCUCAUGCGACGGUGCCUCGAGACGCCUGGCAAGUUGAUGGAUGCCCUAAAAUGCAGCUCUACUCUAGUCUCGGAGCUGCGGACGAGCAGCCUAGGCCCCAAGCAGUACUACGAGCUCUACAUGGCCGUUUUCGAUGCCCUCCGCCAUCUCGCCGUCUACCUCCGCGACAACCACCCUGUAAACCACCUCGCCGAUCUCUACGAGCUCGUCCAGUAUGCCGGGAAUAUUAUACCGCGUCUCUACCUCAUGGUCACCGUCGGCACUGUCUACAUGGCCAUUGAGGAUGCGCCGGUCAAGGAGAUAAUGAAGGAUAUGAUGGAGAUGAGUCGCGGAGUCCAGCACCCCAUUCGCGGACUGUUCCUCCGCUAUUAUCUCGCCGGCCAGGCGCGAGACCAUCUACCCACCGGCGACGGCGAUGGACCGGAGGGGAACCUGCAGGACUCCAUCAGCUUCAUCCUUACCAAUUUCGUCGAAAUGAACAAGCUGUGGGUGCGGCUACAGCAUCAGGGACACUCGAGAGAGCGGGAACAGCGGACCAAGGAGCGACAGGAGCUGCAGCUUCUGGUAGGCAGCAAUCUGGUCCGGUUGAGCCAGCUUGUGGAUUUGGAGAACUACAAGAAGAUCUUGAACCCGCUGCUGGAGCAGAUUGUCCAGUGCCGGGAUGUCCUUGCGCAGGAGUAUCUGCUGGAAGUGGUCACCCAGGUUUUCCCCGACGAGUUCCACCUGCACACCCUUGACCAAUUCCUCUCCGCGGUCGCACGAUUAAACCCGCAUGUGAACGUCAAGGCUAUAGUCGUUGGCUUGAUGGAUCGUUUAUCGGCAUACGCACAACGAGAGUCCGAGUCAGAAAGCCUUGAGCAGCGCAAGAAGACUGAAGAGGAGGCAAUAACAAACCUCAUGGAGCAAUUGAGGAUACGGAAGGAGCAGAAGCCCUCCGAGCCGGAACCAUCGGCUGCGCAGCCGAACGGGAACGCGUCCGAAGCUCAACCCGGUGCGGAAGAAGCGCCGUUGGCAUCGUCAACGACGGCUGCAGCUACACCAGCGACCGAAACAGCUGAAGCCGAUGGCGACGAUGACAUGGAGAAAUCACGCGGUAUCCCUAAGAACGUGAAGCUAUUCGAGAUCUUCCACGAGCAAGUAGCGACGCUCGUGAAAAUGCAACGGUUAACGAUCCAGGACACCAUCGGACUGCUUGUUUCGCUAGCGAAUCUUGCUUUGAACAUAUACCCAGAACGACUCGACUACGUGGACCAAGUAUUAGCUUUUGCGAACCAGAAGGCCACCGAAUAUGCGAACAGCGCCGAUCUGCAUUCACAGACAUGUCAAAGCCAGAUCCUCAGCCUACUCCUCGCCCCAAUUAAAGCCUACACCUCCCUUUUUACCGCAACAGCAUUGCCGAGCUUUGUUCCUCUACUGCACAAUCAACCAUAUCCAACCCGGAGAGCCGUAGCAGGCGAAGUAGCACGCAGUCUGCUUAGAAAUCAGACUCAUAUCACUUCCGUGGAGAAUCUUGAAAGUGUGCUGGAGAUUCUCAAAGUCCUGAUCAAGGAAGGAAUACAGCAAGCGACCGGCUACCCCGGUGGCCCGAUUCAGAGGAGGGCCAUGGAAACCGACGAGACGAUAGAAGAACAAGGGUGGUUAGCCCGGAUGGUGCAUCUCAUCCAUGGACCGGACAACGACACACAAUUCAAGCUUCUCCAAACGGCGCGGAAAGCCUUUGGCGAGGGCAAUGAACGCGUCAAGUAUACCUCGCCCGCGAUUAUCACAGCUUCGUUGAAGCUCGCACGACGUUACAAAGCCCGUGAGCACUAUGAGGAUAACUGGUCUUCUCAGUCGUCUGCUCUCUACAAAUUCAUGCAUAGCACGAUAUCUACACUCUAUGCACGGGUUGGCGGUUCCGCAGAUCUUUCUCUGCGCCUUUUUAUUGGCUGUGGCCAGGUUGCGGACCAGAACGGAUUCGAAGAAGUUGCCUACGAGUUUUUCGCACAGGCCUUCACGAUAUACGAAGAGGCUAUCAGCGAUUCCCGAGCCCAGUUCCAGGCUGUAUGCGUCAUCGCGAGCGCUCUGCACACGACGAGGAAUUUCGGCAAGGAGAACUACGAUACCUUAAUCACGAAGUGCGCAUUACACGGAAGCAAGCUGCUCAAAAAGCCCGACCAAUGCCGGGCGGUGUACCUAGCUAGUCACCUGUGGUGGGCAACUGAGAUCCGAAAUCUAGGAGACGAAGACCCGAAGAAUCUUUACCGGGACGGCAAGCGUGUGCUCGAAUGUCUGCAGCGUGCUCUUCGUGUAGCGGAUGCCUGCAUGGACGCUGCGGUGUCAGUAGAGCUCUUCGUCGAGAUUCUGAACCGCUAUGUGUAUUACUUUGACCAGGAGAACGAAGCUGUGACCACGAAAUACCUUAACGGGCUGAUCGAACUGAUCCACUCCAACCUGCAAUCCAACGAAAACGCUGCUUCCCUUGAGAACCCUAGGCGGCAUUUCCAGCGCACUUUGGAUUACAUCUCAAGCCGCGAGUACGAAGGCGUGGUCACGACGGCGAAGUAGUCUAGAAUGAUGAAGCUGUGGGGAGCAAGGUGUGCGGAAGAGUAGGUGGAGGAUCUUGACUUUUGCUCCC